CCGAUCCGGUUUGCCCUGGGCGGGUCUGGAAAGGGGGUUGGUAGAGGGGAUGUGGGGAGCCCGUUGUGCUGUUCUAUUGCGGCAGCUGCGGCAGCAUGGUGGUUCCCGAGAAGGAGCAGAGCUGGAUCCCCAAGAUCUUCAAGAAGAAAACCUGCACCACUUUCAUCGUUGACCUCACAGAUCCAGGAGGGACCCUCUGCCAGUGUGGGCGCCCCCGGAGUGCACACCUGUCAGUGGCUGUAGAGGACGCAUUCGGGGCGGCUGUGGUGACCGUGUGGGAUAGUGAUGUGCACACCACCGAGAAGCCCACCGACGCCUACGGGGACCUGGAUUUCCUGGGCUCGGGCCGCAAGGCCAGCAAUUUCCUCCGUCUCUCUGACCGCACGGAUCCAGCAGCAGCCUAUAAUCUGGUCACAAACACAUGGGGGAUCCCCCCUCCGAACCUGGUCGUGUCAGUGCUGGGAGGCUCAGGGGCCCCCAUCCUCCAGACCUGGCUGCAGGACCUGCUUCGUCGUGGGCUGGUGCGGGCUGCCCAGAGCACAGGGGCCUGGAUUGUCACCAGUGGGCUGCACAGGGGCAUUGGCCAGCACGUUGGUGUGGCGGUGCGGGACCACCAGACAGCCAGCAUUGGGGGCAGCAAGGUGGUAGCCAUGGGCGUGGCCCCCUGGGGCGUGGUCCGGAACAGAGAUGCCCUCCUCAACUCCAAGGGCUCCUUCCCUGCGAGGUAUCCAUGGCGCAGCAGCCCCGAGGACAGGGACCAGGAGGAUAGGCGCCAGUUUCCCCUCGACUACAAUUACUCUGCCUUCUUCCUUGUUGACGAUGGCACACAUGGCCGCCUGGGCGGCGAGAACCACUUCCGCUUGAGUUUUGAAUCCUACAUCUCUCGGCAGAAGACGGGCGUUGGAGGGACUGGAAUUGACAUCCCUGUUCUCCUCCUCCUGAUUGAUGGUGAUGAGAAGAGGUUGGAGCAAAUAGAGAACGCCACCCAGGCCCAGCUUCCCUGUCUCCUGGUGGCUGGGUCUGGGGGUGUUGCAGACUGCCUGGCAGAGACCCUGGAGGACACUUUGACCCUAGGGAGUGGGGUGUGCAGGCGGGGCGAAGCUCAAGAUCGGAUUAAGCGUUUCUUUCCCAAAGGAGACCCUGAGGUUCUGCAGGCUCAGGUGGAGAGGAUCAUGACCCGAAAAGAGCUGCUGACAGUUUAUUCUCUUGAGGAUGGCCCUGAGGAUUUUGAGACCAUCGUUUUGAAGGCCCUUGUGAAGGCCUGUGGGACCUCUGAGGCCUCAGCUUACCUGGAUGAGCUGCGUUUGGCUGUGGCUUGGAACCGAGUGGACAUUGCCCAGAGCGAGCUCUUCCGGGGGGACAUCCAGUGGCGGUCCUUCCACUUGGAGGCCUCCCUCCUGGACGCCCUCCUGAAUGACCGGCCCGAGUUCGUUCGUCUGCUCAUCUCCCGUGGCCUCAGCCUGGACCACUUCCUGACUCCGGCGCGCCUGGCCCAGCUGUACAGCGUGAUGCCCCCCAACUCAGUGGUCCGCCACCUUCUGGGCCAGGCGUCCCACGGCGCGGGCGGGGGCACCAAGGCCCCAGCCCCUAAAGGCUCUGCGGAGGCCUCGCCCCCUGACGUAGGGCAUGUGCUGCGGCUGCUGCUGGGGGAAAUGUGCGCUCCGAGAUACUAUCCCGGGAGCGCAGCGGACCCCCACCCUGGCCAAGGCUGCCCGGAGAGCACUGGCCUGCUCUCGGCCAGGACAACCUCGGAACUCAGGCUGGACGCUGUCCUUGGGCAGGCCCCCUUGAGUGACCUGCUGCUCUGGGCACUGCUGUUGAACAGGUCUCAGAUGGCCCUGUAUUUCUGGGAGAUGAGCCCCAAUGCUGUGGCCUCAGCUCUUGGGGCCUGUUUACUGCUCCGAGCGCUGGCACGCAUGGAAUCGGAGGCUGAGGAGGCAGAACGGAGGAAGGACCUGGCGGCCAAGUUUGAGGGGCUGGGUGUUGGCCUCUUUGGCCAGUGCUACCGCAGUGAUGAGAAAUGGGCUGCCUGGCUACUCCUUCGCCGCUGCCCACUCUGGGGGAAUGCCACCUGCCUCCAGCUUGCCAUGCAGGCUGACGCCCGUGCCUUCUUUGCCCAGGAUGGGGUACAGUCUCUGCUGACACAGAAAUGGUGGGGGGCGAUGGACACCACUACGCCUGUCUGGGCCCUGGUUCUCACCUUCUUUUGCCCCCCACUCAUCUACACUGACCUCAUCACCUUCAGGAAGUCCAGAGAGGAGUUUGCACCGAAGGACCUGGAGUUUGACAUGGAUAAGGGCAUGAAUGGGGAAGGGCCUUUCGGGCUGGCCGACCCCAUAGAGAAGAUGCCAUUGGGAGUGUCAAAGCAGCCGAGACGCAGCAGAUGCCCUAGGGGGCCCUGCUGGCGUCAGUGCCUGCACCGCUGGUCCCACUUCUGGGGGGCCCCGGUGACGGCCUUCAUGGGCAACGUGGUAAGCUACCUGCUCUUCCUGCUGCUCUUUGCCCGUGUGCUGCUCAUUGACUUCCAUCCUGAGACAAUCAGCACCCUCGAGCUGCUGCUGUACUUCUGGGCCUUCACCCUCCUCUGCGAGGAGUUCCGGCAGAGCCUGGGCAGUGAGUGGGGCAGCCUGGCCAUCGGGCCGCAGGGCUGCAGCCACACCCCACUGCGCCGGCGGCUGCACCUCUACCUCGCUGACACCUGGAACCAGUGUGACCUAUUGGCCCUCACCUGCUUCCUCCUGGGCAUGGGCUGCCGGAUGACCCCCGGCCUCUAUGAACUUGGCCGCACCGUCUUCUGCCUCGACUUCAUGGUCUUCACGGUGCGGCUGCUGCACAUUUUCACAGUCAACAAACAGCUGGGGCCCAAGAUCGUCAUCGUGAACAAGAUGAUGAAGGAUGUGUUCUUCUUCCUCUUCUUCCUUGGCGUGUGGCUGGUUGCCUAUGGGGUGGCCACGGAGGGGCUCCUAAGGCCCCAGGACCGCAACCUACCAAAUAUCCUGCGCCGCGUCUUCUACCGGCCUUACCUACAGAUUUUUGGGCAGAUCCCCCAGGAAGAGAUGGAUGUGGCCCUCAUGGACCAUGUCAACUGUUCGUUGGAGCAGGGCUUCUGGGCGAACGCUUCGGGGACACGCCUGGGCUCCUGUGUCUCUAUUUAUGCCAACUGGCUGGUACUACUGCUCCUAGUCGUCUUCCUGCUCGUGGCCAACAUACUGCUGGUCAAUCUGCUCAUUGCUAUGUUCAGCCACACGUUCGGCAAAGUACAGGGGAACAGUGACCUCUACUGGAAGGCCCAGCGCUACAGCCUCAUCCGAGAAUUCCACACUCGGCCCGCGCUGGCCCCGCCCUUCAUCAUCAUUUCGCACGUGCGCCUUCUCAUCCGGCUACUGCGCAGCCUCUGGACUAGGUUGCCGUUCACCCGGGACGCCAAGCAUUUCCGGGUCUGCCUUCCGAAAGACGACGAGCGGAGGCUGUUGACAUGGGAGUCGGUGCAGAAAGAGAAUUUCCUGUUGGCGCGCGCGCGGGACAAAAGGGAGAGCGACUCUGAGCGUCUGAAGCGCACGUCGCAGAAGGUGGACAGUGCGUUGAAGCAGCUGGGACAGAUCCGUCAGUACGAGCAGCGUUUGAAAGGCCUGGAGCGGGAGGUCCGGCACUGCAGUCGCGUACUGGACUGGAUGGCUGAGACCCUGAGCCACUCUCCGUUGCUGCCCCCCGGGGGACCACCGCCCCCAGCCCCACCUGGACUCAAAGACUGAGUCCUGCUGGCAGACUUCGAAGAGUAGCCACACAAGCGAGUAUUAUUCCCAGGAUAACAGCUCAGCCAGACCUCGCCCCUUGCACCAGACAGUGUCCUUAGGGAGGGCCAAAUGCCCAUGGACCACCACCUGAGCUGCUGUCAGGACCACAGAGAGGAGUGUCAUCUAUAUGGACCACACUAGGCCUGGCUCCUCCCAGAACCAGCUCCAUUCUGGAAAGAUCAGCCUCUGGAGCCUGGGCCACUGCCCCUUUGAGGGCCCUGAUGGAGCUGGCUGGGCUGGGGUUCCUUGAGGUACAGGGACCACAGACCCUACUCACAGCUCCCCACACUGGGGAAAUAAAGCCAUUUGAGAUAAGUAGGGUCUGGAUGCUUGAUUUUGGGGGAAGUGGGUGGUGUUUGAAGCCCUGGCGGCACAGUGGUUGACAGCUACGGCUAGCUACGGCUGCUAACCAAGAGGUCGGCAGUUUGAAUCCACCAGCUACUCCUUGGAACCCUAUGGGACAGUUCUACUCUGUUCUGUAGGGUCACUAUGAAUCGGAAUUGACUGGAUGGCAGUAGGUUUUGUUUUUUGGCUUUAGGGGGUGUCCAGGGAGCCCUGGUGACAGCGGUUAAGCCCUUGACUGCUAACUGAAAGAACGACGGUUUGAAUCUACCAGCUGUUCAGCGGGAGAAAGCUGUGGCAGUGUGCUUCCUUAACGAUUACAGCCUUGGAAACCUUAUGGGGCAGUUCUGCUAUGUUCCAUAGGGUCUCUGUGAGUCAGAAUUGACUCAACAGCAGUGGAUUUUUGGGGGGUGUCUAGAACCUUCUGGCAUGGGGACUCAAGCUGGGGGAGUGGGUUUGGGGUCUUUGGUGGGUUUACUGCUGUAUAUCAGAGUUUCCCCAGUUCCGUGGCCACCAGCCUCAUUGAGCUUUUCGACAUGGUCAGUGAGGUCACCAGUUACCAGGUGGAUUUUUUCACCCAGUUGACUCAGUGAUGUCAGCACAUACAUAUGGAUAACAUCUGAAGACUUAGCCAUUUUCAGGAAUCAGUGAUGUCACCUGCUUUAGGUAAAUUUAGUUCUUUGGUUUGAUCUGUGAGGUCACCUUUAGCCAUAUUUAAAACCUUGGCCCCAUUGUAAGAUCAGUGAAGUCUAGUUUUUCGGCAGAGUUGGUCCAUUUAGAGUGGGAUAACGUCAUCAGUUGCUAGGCAGGUUCAGCCUUGUGCUGGAUCAGUGAUGUCAUCAGUUGUCAGGUAGAUUUACUGCUAUCGUGGAUUGAGUGAUGCCAGCAGUUACCAGGCAGAUGUAGCCCCAGGUUCAGUGAUCUCAUCAGUGAUGGAACACCUUUAACCUUUUGUCUUUUUGGUGAGAUCACCUUUACCAGACAGAUUUAGUCUCUGGUAACAGUGGGGACAUCACCUGCUUCUACCUAGACCAGAUGAGCAGGCGGAACUGUAGACUGUGGACAAUGAGGGUGCCAGCCAGGCCUAUGUGCCCACCUUCCCGCCCUUGUGAACGAAAGGAUGCCCAUGGGAAGCUGCCAGGGAAGGGGACUCUGGGUUUUUGAUCUGGAAGAUUUCCUCUACUGAAAUAAAUGUUGAGCUCAUUCAUCCCAUUGGUCACUGACUUGGAUGACAUCACUAGUUACUGGGCCGAUUUCCCCAGGCAGUCCAAUGAGAGAUGCCAUGCCUGGCCAGGGCUGCUGAGCAUAGUUGUGCAGAUUGUGCAUGACUCAAAUGCCCCACAUCCCAGGGUUACCAUCCCCAUUGCAGAGCUAUGCCAACUUACAUGAGAGCCUGGGUGGGUGGGAGAUUCCAGGCCCAUAGCCAAGUCCUGGACUAGUUGGGGAGACCUGCCUCCUACACAAACCCCCACUGGCACUCAGAACCAUGCACACUCCUUGGCAUACACACCUGGAUCAGGUAUACCUGCCUCAUCCACACUUUGGCAUCGCUCCUGCUUGUCAGUCUUGGAGGCCCAAUUCCAAGACUGAACCUGACAGUCACUUCAUCGAGGGGGCAGUGUGUGUACCCCCUAGUGCCUAGGUUGUGUGAGCAGGCAAGACUGUGGUCGUACCCCAGUGGAAUACUUGUUAGGUGCCAUUAAGUUGGCUUCGAUCCAUGGUGACCCUACGUAUAACAAAACAAAACUCUGCCUGGUCCUACGCCAUCUUACAGUCAUUGCUAUGGUUGAGCCCAUUGUUGCAGCCACUGUGUCAAUCCGUCUCCUUGAGGGUCUUCCUCUUUUUUGCUGACCCUCUACUUUACCAGGCGUGAUGUCCUUUUCCACGGACUGAUCCCUCCUGAGAGCAUGUCCAAAGUAAGUGAGAUGAAGUCUUGUCAUCUUGGCUUCUAAGGAGCAUUCUGGCUGUACUUCAAAGGCAGAUUUGUUUGUUCUUCUGGCGGUCCAUAGAAUACUGCUCAGCCGUAAAAAGAAAUGAAGUCCUGAUGCAGGCUACAACAUGGAGGAAACUUGAAAACAUCAGGCUGAGUGAAAUAGUCACAAAAGGAUAAAUACUGUAUGAUCACUUAUAUGAAAUAAGCAAAUGUAUUGAAACUAAAGCUUAUUAGUGGUUACCAGGGGUGGGAAGGGUGGCAAAUGGGAGAGUUUUUGCUUAGGGGGCAGUGAGUUUAUGUUAAUGGUGGUGGAAUCAUUUGGAAAAGAAUAGCAAGAAUGUCUGCACAACUUGAAGAAUGUAAUCAAAGUCACUGAAUUGAACAUGUAGAAAUUGUUGAGAUGGCAUAUAUUUUGUUAUGUGUAUUUUCACCAUAAAAAAUAUAAAAGAAUGGGUAAACGGGUGGGUACAGCUGGGGCCGUUGAUGCUGGACUCUGGGAAGCAGGGCAGAGCUGUUCAAGUUGCAUAAUAAAGUACUACUAACAACAGCCACAACAAAAUUUGCACCUGAAAAAGAGGUGUCUUUUUCUGAUUUGGACAAAACCGUCACAUGGGCUAGUGGAUUUUCUUGCUUGGCGGGAAGGCUAGACACUUCGUGGUACCUGGGAUUUUGACCUUGCUUUGUCAAUUCCUGUGUCAUUGGUUUGAUAAUUGUCAUGAGAUGGUACAAAGUCUCAGGAUCCCUUGUGUGAGGGGGCAAAAGGCAGGCACUAAGGUAAUGAGAAAGAACAGUGAGGGUGUCCAGGUGGAUAUAAUCAGUUACCUACCUUCCUGACCAGUGACUGGAGUGGUGGGGAAUCCUGACAUAGUGAAUGUCAGCCCAGUGGCCACUGUCAUGGUGGCAGAUGGGUCAAGUCAUGACAUUUGUGGGUCUGGGGUGGGUAGGGUGAUGUCUUAGUUCUCUAGUGCUGCUAUAGCAGAAAUACCACAAGUGGGUGGCUUUAACAAAUAGAAAUUUAUUUUUUCAGUUUAUUAUAUUAUUAGGUGCCAUGGAGUUGGUUUUGACUUAUAGUUGACUCUGUGUACAACAGAACGGAACACUGCCUGGUCCUGCGCCAUCCUCACAAUUGUUGUUAUGCUUGAGCCCGUCGUUGCAGCCAUUGUGUCAGUUCGUCUCAUUGAGGGUCUUCCUCUCUUUUGCUGACCCUCCUCUUUACCAAGCAUGAUGUCUUCCUCUGGGGAUUGGUCCCUCCUGAUAACGUGUCUCACAGUUUAGGAGGCUAUAAGUCAGAAUUCAGGGCGUCGACUCUAGGGGAAGGCUUUCUCUUUCUGUUUGCUCUGGGGGAAGGUCCUUGUCUCUUUGAGCUUCUGCUUCUGGGCGAUCUUCACGUGGCAUCUCUCUUCCCCCAUCUCUGCUUCUCGCUUGCUUGUUUAAUCUCUUUUAUACAGUGGAGCCUGUGUAAGGCAGAAACCUGUCAGAGAAGAAAAACUCAAAUAUUUUCCACUAAAAGAAGCAAUAGAAAAGUGGUAAGACUGCACCCUGUCAAAGGUGGAAAGCUUGCGAGACUCAGGAAAACAAGGCAGUCCUGUUGAGUUCUGGCUCUCACAGAUUUCACUGUGUCUCAAAAGAGAUUGAUUUAAGACACACUCUACACUAAUACUAAUACACUAAUAUUCCAAAGACAGGUGAUCCAACUGAAUGCAGAAAUGAUUGAACAAUAUCAUUAAUAUUACACUCAAGUCAAAUUUUGCUAAAGAUCAUCGAAAAGUGGUUGCAGCGGUACAUCAACAGGGAACUGCCAGAAAUUCAGGCUGGAUUCAGAAGAGGAUGUGGAACCAGGGAUAUCGUUGCUGAUGUUACAUGGAUCCUGGCUGAAAGCAGAGAAUACCAGAAAGAUGUUUACCUGUGUUUUAUUGACUAUGCAAAGGCAUGUGACUGUAACAAAUUAUGGAUAAGAUUGUGAAGAAUGGGAAUUCUAGAACAUUUAAUUGUGCUCAUGAGGAAUCAGUACACAGACUGAGAGGCAGUCAUUUGAACAGAACAAGGGGAUACUGUGUGGUUUAAAAUCAGGAAAGGUUUGCGUCUGGGUUGUAUCCUUUCACCAUACCUAUUCAAUCUGUAUGCUGAGCAAAUAAUCCAAGACGCUGGACUGUAUGAGGAAGAAUAGGGCAUCAGGAUUGGAGGAAAAUUCAACAACCUGCUUUACGCAGGUGACACAACCUUGUUUGCUUAAAGUGAAGAGGACUUGAAGCAUUUACUGAUGAAGAUCAAAGACUACAGCCUUUAGCCUCAACAUAAGGAAAACAAAAAUCUUCACAACUAGACCGAUAAACAGCAUCAUGAUAAAUGGAGAAAAGAUUGAAGUGGCCAAGGGUUUCAUUUUACUUGCAUUCACAAUCAACACUCGUGGAAGCAGCAGUCAAGAAAUCAAACCACCAUCGCAUUGGGCACAUCUGCUGCAAAGGACCUCUUCAAAGUGUUAAAAAGCAAAGAUUUCACCUUGAAGACUAAGGUACGUCUGACCCAAGCCAUGGUGUUUUCGAUUGCCUCAUAUGCAUGUGAAAGCUGGACAAUGAAUAACGAAGACUGAAGAACUGACACCUUUGAAUUAUGGUGUUGACGACAAAUAUUGAAUAUACCAUGGACUGCCAAAAGAACGAAGAAAUCUGUCUUGGAAGAAGUACAGCCAAAAUGCUCCUUAGAAGCAAGGAUGGUAAGACUGUGUCUCGCAUGCUCUGGACAUAUUAUCAGGAGGGAUCAGUCCCUGGAGAAAGACAUCAUGCUUGGUAAAGUUAGAGGGUCAGCAAAAAAGAGGAAAAUCCUCAACGAGAUGGAUUGACACAGUGGCUACAACAAUGGGCUCAAGCAUAAUGACGUGUUUUGUUCUGUUGUACAUAGGGUCGCUAAGAGUUGGAAUGGAUUGAUGGCACCUAACAACAACACGCUAAUACUGUCUCAUUAACAUAACAAAGAAUACCCGUUCCCAAAUGGGGUUACAAUCCUAAGUAUAGGCCACGCACAGGGUUGAUGUAAAUAUGCAUCAUUUUACAUGCAGAGCUUCACUAAACCACCCAUAACUAAUGUGAUAAUGGCAAGGCUGAACUGACAACCUAUAACUGACAAUCCAUAACAGGGAAGUGGAGAUGACCCUGGUGAAGAGCAGGCCAGGCCCAGGGCAUUCCAACCGAGAAUUGCCUCCAAGUAAGGGUCCAAGCCCUGGUGGCACAGUGGUUUAAGAGCUUGGCUACUAACCAAAAGGUUGGCAGUUUGAAUCCACUGGCUGCUCCUUGGAAACCUAUGGGACAGCUCUACUCUGUGCUA